AUGUCUCUCUCUGACAUGCCCACCCGAUCCGAGGAGAUCUACAGCCUCAAGAAGGCCAUCCUCAGGUUCAAUUCUCCUUCUUCUGUCAAGGUCCAAGUUUCUGAGGACGUCAAAGUCACUUCUCCCCACUACAUUCAGAGCCCCCAUCGUCAGGCCUCCUCCAACAUCGCCGCCCUUUGGGACAACGAGACUUCCGAGUUCGACCAGAGGGGCUGGGCCGGCUCCAUGGCCUACCAUUCACUUAACAACGUAAACACCGAGGACUACCAGAAAAAGUCAGGUAGUCGUCCCAACGUCAAGCCCUGCGGUGGUUCGGGCAGCAAGCACGCAGCCUCCAAGGCCCGCUUCAAGAGACAGAAAACUGGGCACCGCAUCAAACUUCACGACGACUGCGACGAGAACCGUCUCCCAGUUGAGAAUCAGCACCUGCCCAUCCGGCGCGAGAAAAUGAAGCGAUCUGUUUCUGAUGUCAACCUCACCCUGUCUCCUAUCGCCUUCAAAAAGCAGCGUCUGGACAGCAACGUCAUAUCUCACGAGUCUCUGGACGGUCAUUGCUCAGUCAGCCCUACUGCUACUGAUGCUGCUCAGAACGACAAGUCCACCACUAUCACCAGCGGCGAGAACAAGAACGAGAACAACGGCGACAAGACUUUCACCUUCGAGUUUACCUUCAAGCCUACCCAGUUCGACAACACCGUCCGCCCCAAGGACGUCAACUUCAACCCCGAGGACAUGUGGGACAAGGAUUUCCGGCUCGAGCGCUACCCCCGUCUCCAGCUCGACAAGCCUCUUCAGUACACCUGGACCACCGACGCCGACCGCAACCCCAAGACCGGCCAGUGGGACCACUUCUACCCCUGCCACUGCUACCCCGUCGCCCCCGAGGACGACAUCAAGAAAACUCUCUUCCUGAACGACAAGAAGCCCAACAUCCGCUGGGCCGGUGAGUGGGCCAAAGCUCAGCUGCGCCGCGAGAUCGCCAAGUACGAGGCCGUCAAGGAGUUCUGGCUGUUCGAGUACGCCGACCUGGCUGGUCGCGCUUUCAUGCCGGGCCUGGACAGCAAGUACCAGUUCAUUGCUACUCACUUCACUGAGGAGAUGGACAGCCCUUGGGUCCAGGCCUGGCUGGGUCAGCUGAUUGGCCACGAGGAGGUCCACAAGAUCUUGCAGGCCAUGUACUACGAGUGA